AUUUUAAUUUUUUUUCGGGAGGCUUCUGCGGUGCGUCAAGUCGUGCGUGUGCCGAGUGCCGUGCGAAAGGGGUUCCCUGUAUCGGACUUAGUCUUGCGGCAACACAUUCAGCCAUUCGUAUGGGCUGUGCUUGAUGUGUGCUGUGCUGAGAUGGGGGACAGCCACUGCCCGGACAUUGGUGGCCUGCCUGCCCCCCUGGGCCGCCCUUGCAGUCCGACCGAGGAGGCCUCCGAGCCGGCCUCGUACGGCGAGCUCAACCACGUGGGCUGGCUGGCCGAGCACAUAGGCCGCCUCUGCCUGCAGCCCGAGUACAGCGACGUCACCCUGGUGGUCGAGGAUGUCCGGCUGCCUGCGCAUCGACUCGUGCUCGCCUCCUGCAGCAGCUACUUCCGGGCACUGCUGUAUGGUGGCAUGCGAGAGUCGAAGCAGCAAGAGGUGACGCUGCAGGACACUCCCCUUCGAGCGUUCCAGCUGCUGCUGCGAUACAUCUACACGGGCCAGCUCAGGCUGGCUGGACUGCAGGAGUGCGUGGUGCUGGAAGUGCUGGAGCUGGCGCACCAGUACGGCUUCCUGGAGUUGGAGUCUGGGGUGUCGGCCUACCUGGAGCGGGUGCUGGGUGUGCGCAAUGUGUGCCGCAUCUACGACCGGGCCUGCCUCUACCAGCUCGCACCACUGGCACGAGCCUGCCGCCGCUUCGCCGACCGCCACGCACCUGCCAUCCUGCUGAGUGACUCGUUUCGCCAGCUCUCGCCGUCAGUUCUCGAGGAGAUGAUUGGGCGAGACUCCUUCUUUGCGCCCGAGGUGGACAUCUUCCGAGCGGUCUGCGCAUGGGCCAGCCACAAUCCCACAGUCAAUCCUCGGCAAAUUCUGGACAAGGUUCGUCUGCCGUUGCUGACGGUUCAGGAGCUCCUGAAUGUGGUGCGCCCCACAGGUCUGGUGUGUCCCAACACUCUGCUGGAUGCCAUCAAGCUACGCACCGAGACCAGGGAUGCUGACCGACCUUACCGAGGAUGCCUGCUGCCCGGUGAGAACGUGGCCACGCAGCUGCACGGGGCUCAGGUGAUGCAGGGCGAGAUGCGGUCGGCCCUGCUGGAUGGGGACACGCAGGCGUACGACAUGGAGCGUGGCUUCACCCGACACCCUAUUGACGAGGGACAGCAGGGCAUCCUGGUGCGCCUGGGGGCACCCUGCAUCCUCAACCACCUGCGGCUGCUGCUGUGGGACAAGGACAACCGGGCAUACUCCUACUACAUCGAGGUGUCGGUGGAUCAGCAGGACUGGGUGCGUGUGGUGGACCACUCUCACUUCUUGUGCCGCUCCUGGCAAAGGCUGUACUUCAAGCCCCGAGUUGUCCAGUACAUACACAUUGUGGGGACGCACAACACGGUGAACCGUGUCUUCCAUGCGGUCUCGCUGGAGUGCAAACACAUUGCCUCGGACGAGGAGGAGCCCUUUCCCGAGCUCGAGGAGGGUCUGGUGGUGCCCCACGAGAACGUGGCCACCGUGGCACGUUCGGCGUACGUGGUGGAAGGGGUGAGCCGCAGCCGCAAUGCGCUCAUCAAUGGUGACACCUCCAAGUACGACUGGGACUCCGGCUACACGUGCCACCAGCUGGGCAACGGUGCCAUUGUGGUGCAACUGGCACAGCCAUAUCGUGUCGACUCCAUGCGGCUCCUGCUGUGGGACUGUGACUCACGCCAGUACAGCUAUUACGUCGAGGUGUCUGUCGACCAGCAGAACUGGAACAUGGUGGCCGACAAACGAAACGAGCUUUGCAGGUCAUGGCAGCUUCUGCGCUUCCCUCGGCAACCUGUGGUGUUCAUCCGCAUCGUGGGCACCCACAACACUGCAAACGAGGUUUUCCAUUGCGUCCACUUUGAGUGUCCGGCUCAAUGCCUGGAGACUCCUGGGGCGGCAGUGGCAGCCGCAGCUUCGAAACACACCAGCAGCAGCACCAAUGAGCGACGCAGUUCAUCAUCGUCGAGUCACGACAGUGAGGCCUCCCAGCAGAAAGCACCUCAACAUCCAUGAACAGCAGAGAGAUAGUGCUUCAUGGAAACAUUGUUUAGAAACUACGCAUACAUACGCAAUUGAGAAAGAAGAUAGGCUGUGUUCUAGUAGCAGCUUAAGGCGCAUUAUAGCUGCGAUGGUAUUGUGCGCAUUCCGGGCAAUGUAUAUUGAAUAAUGGCAUAUCAAGCGCACAAUUUUUGCCCUAAAACGAGCUUGGGAAAGUAUGCUUCGAUUUCAGAAAGUCGAACGUGUCUCGUAUGUGAGGGCGGUUUUUUCUUUUUUUUUUCACGUGAUGUGGCACGCUUCCAGCAUUUAGCGUGCCGUCGUAUUCGGAUUUCAAAAUAUUUGUUACAUCAAAUUGUGGAUCGCAUCUAUGUUGUUUUCGAGACAGGUGCACAAAGCACUUUUGUCUUUGCGCAUGUCUGUUGUCAGCAUUUUCCUGAAAGUGAGCAGGCGAGCCCAAACCGCGAGUGCCAUUGAUAGGUCUGUCUGUUUUGUACCUCUCUAGCCAUCAUUCUCCGUGGUCUCGUGGUGUGCUUCUGAAACACUGUAGUGGCAGUUACAGAGCUUUGUUGCCACAUCAAGAUGUGUUGUCCUUGCUGCUUUUAUCUGUUGCACAAUUAUUUAUUAUUGCGAAUGUGGAUAUAUCAAUGAAAGCAAGAAAUUAACCCUUGUAGACCUGCAUCCUUCUCUUUUAGUGAUAUGUUGCACCUCGAACGUUAAGUUUAUCCGUGACAAAGCUGACAUUUUUGGUGUGUGAUCGAUGCAUAAAGUCAAUAAGGCAUAACCUUGCAAGAACAGAGAUGUGAUGCUGUUGGAGCAAGGCCGAUGGGCUUACGUCGGCUUGACUUACACAUUAAAAUAGUGCAAAGCUCAUGGGACAACACAAGUGCCGACUUACGAGCAACGUAUUGGAAGAAAGUGCUCCUGUCACAUCUCUCUAGCCACACACUGUACUACAGCUCAACAACACUGCAAGUAUCAGAAGUGUUCAAUAUCACUGCAAUCCAUACCUGAACUUUGGCUGGUAUAUGGUGUUGAAGGCUUCGUAGAAUUGAGUUUGGACUUUCCCCAUCCAUCAUCACUGUUUUGUCGAGUAUGAAGUGUGCAGCUUAUCCCCAAGCAUUAGUGUUUGGGCCAUCUGAGCUUGUGUCACUAAGGCAGUUCUGCGUAAAAGGUAAAUCUACAUAUUGUUACUGUACUGGGAGAGAAACUUGGGCGAGUGGGUGGUGAUGCGUUGUUCACCAGCUGCAGCACUAAACAGACGAGCACAGAGGAAAGAAGACCACUGAACGUGAAUGAUGAUCACUUAUCACAACACUCGUGCCGUGAUCUUCUUUCCUCUGACCUGGUCUCUUUAGUGCUGUAGAUUGUCAAUAUUGCGUGACUGUGUCCUAGACACUGCCAGCUGAACAGGAGGAGCAACUCUUGUGAAAUCAGUAUAAUGUAUAAAUAAGGCCUAAUGCACGCUGCCACUGUUGCAGAAAUUUACAUAUUUGGGGGUCAACUAUGUGUGAAAGCCGAGAAAGACCUCAAAGGAAUGCUGACGUCUAAUUUUUGUCACGAUCUGAACCUCCCAAACGUAGGAAAUUAUUGUUAAAAGUUGGAGCAUUAUAAAUUUAUUUACUGCAAUGCUCACUGCUUCAAACCAGUUUCGGUUUCUCAUGCAAGAACUUGUAUUUGCCAUGAAGGACUGGUCUACCCUAAUCCUUGUGGUUGUCAUGAAUUCCACAAACAACUCCAACUGAAAGACAGGCACACUACUGUUAAUAUUUUUCAUGAGCAGCGCCAUCAAGUGGUUCAUGAUGUCAGCUACAGUGGGAAUAAGCAGGUCCGAGUAGCUCAACGUCUGUUAGUCACGAACAUGUCAAGUAAAGAAGCAUCAAAAGCAUAAAACACACAGGGAAAAUUCUGUUUUAAUGAAAUGUAUAAAGAUACGUAGGUAAGCGGGAGUGACCAUGGACACUAACGUAACUUGGAACUGGUGGUAGCCAGAUCGACCUCCACCACAUUGCACAUGCUGUUCUUUACCAAUCAGUUAAGCUGCCAUGGUGAGUAUCAACACAUCCACAUUCUUUGACAUUUCUCUAUGCUUGCAACAUCAGCUAUGAGACAAUAUUAAUGAGAACUAACAGACAAUCAUGCCAAAAGUAUGGGGGAUGUUACUUGUAGUAAAUAGGAUGUACAUGUGAAGAAAGUAAAGUGGAUGAAAUGUCAUCUUCUUUCCUUCAUUCACAGCGAGGGUCUCGUUAUGGCAGACUUGAUGCCUUCAGGUAGUAUGUGAGGGGAGGGGUCAUUGGUCAGCUGGCAGCUCAUAAGAAGAUCAUGUGCUGCGUGACGCCAACAGGAAGAAAAAGAGUGUUCCACACUUGCCGCCAUGGCUGCGAUCGGCGCUGAUUAACACUCCUAGGAGUAAAUGCACCUAAAUACCCUAUAAAAGUGGACGGGAGGAUGACCGCCGCCGUAGCUCAGUGGUAGAGCAUCAGACGCUUAUUCGAAGGUCGCAGGUUCAGUCCCUGCCGACGGCAAGUUAUUUUUUUGUCCACUUUCCUUUCUUCACAUUUAUAUCCUAAUUACUACAAAUAAUGUCCCAUAUACUUUCCCUGGCAUGGUUGUCUGUUAGUUCUCAUUAAUAUUGCAUCUAACGAAGAUAAACGAGCCCGUAAAUGUCGUCUUCUUUCCUUCAUUCAUCAGCUAUGAGAGUUACAGUGAGCACCAGUUGCAGCCACGAUGGAGAAGGUGAAAUGCCCUUUUUUUUUUACUACAGGUGUCAUGUGGUAAGUGAGGUCUGAUAACUUAUAUGGGCAGCCCUGUGGCUUAAUAGUAUGCAUACUUUCAAGGUUCAGAGCCUUUGCUUGCGAGAAAAGAAAAGCUUCAUGCCAGUUGGGUGUUGGUUCAGGCUAGUUAGCAGUCCAUUACUGCUUUGACUCUGGUGUGGAAGGAAGUCUUCUCUUUUUGCAUAUUAGUAACUUGUUUGCGACCUGAAAGUAGUGCCAUGUAGAUAAGGGAACUGGAUUGCUAGAGUGAAAUGUCAGCUCAUUUCUGAUCUCUUCAACGUUUCGUGAAAUGUUCCGAGAGAGCUGCCUUGUGUCGGGUAAACGUGUUGACCCUUUUAAGGCUUGCCAUGUCAAUCAAAGGCAGCUCUCGUGCCCAAGUUUAAUGAAGUUAAAUGCAGUGAUGCAUUUAUUUAUGUUGACUCCUCGCCUAUUGUGGAUGGUUUAAAUGAAAUGGCUCUUAGUGAAAGCCACUCCUUGUAGCCCCAACCUAGGCUGUUCUUUUUUUUUUUCUUGUUCUUCUCCAUCUAUUUCUAGAAUUUUCAGUGGGGCUUUUGAAGUGAAACAAUAUUCAGUAACCGCUGAAUAGCUUAUACAUUGGAAAAAUAACUUGAUUCUGCAUUUUGCAUUACUUGAACUGAACUGACCCAUGAUAAACAUAUAAGAGUAAAUAACUGUUUGUUUCAGGUCAUUUAUGGAGUACUUUUUUUAAGACUGUCUUUAUAGACUGCUCUGCUGACACAUAAUCUUGAAUUGCAUUGAUGGGCAUUUGUUUUGGUAGUAAAGUUGUUUUAAAGGUGGUUCAUUUAGUAUGAGUGUAAGAGAUGUAUUUCCUCAGCCCAUUGACAUGCCUUUCCUUAUUUACAAGGAAAUUUUACCAAUGUAUUGCUGGAUGAUGUAGUUAUUUUUACAGAGUGCUUCGGGAAGGCACAACGGUUCUUAGGUGAGCUAGCGCUGUGUCCCGUGUGUUCUUCGUCCCGUCUUCUGCGCUGUUCUGCCACAACGCUUCAGGAAUUUUAGAAAAGGGUUGAGAAGUCAGCGAGAGAAUGAGCCAGAGAACAAGUGCUGCUGUGCUUUGCACAAAUCUCUGACUGGAGUGAAUUACACAGAACAUGUUUAUGUAUUGAAGACUUAUUCGUGUGAGUUGUUAGACUACUCUGAGGACGUAACCAUGGCAUAUGUAUUUAAUGAUUAUGCAUGAAUAAUUUCUUUGAAAGGAUAUGUCUCUAAUUAAGCAACGUGUCUAUGCAAAUAUAGACAUUUUAAACCAGGCCAUAAGAAUUAAAAGUGUCUAAAGGAAGUGUCGUAUAAUUGAACCGCUCGACAGUGGGGCACGUGUGGCAGGAUAGCCCUGCGGUGGAUUGGGGAUCGUGAUUACGUUGUUGUGCAUUAGUGAACAGUGUUGGAGGCGAUGGUUGUCUUUGUGAAAGGUGUACAUUUGAUAAUAAAUUAUUUGAGUAUUUUGUAA